CAACCAACCUCGGCAAUCACCAACAAGGCACCGGAGAUUUUUUGAAAUUCUACGAACGAAAUGCCGCUCGAUUAUCAAUCAGAAGACGGAACGACAUCCUCAAGAAAUGGAAUUCCAAAUGGAGCGCUUACGGUCUUAAUAAUUGCUGCAAUUGCUAUUGUAUGUGUUGUUAUCACUCUAUUCUGCAUGUUGGUCAACAAUCGGAGGAAUGCACGCACACGACAAAGAACACAGCAACGCCAGGGACAAACAGUGCUCCGUCUGUCGCCAGCGUCGGCUCUUUCCUCCCCAACUGGCGAUACAGUUCGACCUGCAAGUUUCCCGCCAAUGUACAUAGUAUCACCGUCUUAUGACCCCAAAUUCGAUGCUCCACCAUCAUAUGAGGACGCUGUGAGGACGAUGGUUCAGAAUGGGGAGCCUGGACUACCAAAUCAGACUGUGAUUACGAUACCUGAGCAUUCUCAAUCCACUUCAUCAUCAUCAUCUCUCGAGUCUGGAGCCGCCCGAAUCGACGUGGAAAUGACACAACAUCAUCAUGUUCCGACGACUUCUGGGCUCACCGUCUAAACUUUUUUUUUUUUAAACUUCGAAACUUUUAAAUUUUUUUUGCAAUUUUUUAAAUAGAAUUUGUACCUCUUGCCUUAGGUGCUACAGACCCUCUUUUGCCAAAAAAAAAUUUUUGGCUCCAAAUUUUCGAAACUCGAAAAUUUGCUCUCUCACUCUUCCCUUCAGCCUCGUUUUGUGUGUAUUUCUACGGGUGGUUUUGUGUAUAUGAAUUUUAUUUUCACUUU